AUGAUCGUUGAUUUCUCGGUUCUCCUAAAACUUACAGUCAACAUUGAUACGGAACGAUCGUUACCUCCACCGAAGAAGUUUGCCGCAGAUUUAGAACUUUUUGCUAUUAGAUGCUUUAAAGAGUGGAAUGACGAGUUCGGAAAAGACUUUAAAGAUGAAUUCAAUUUCGUGUUUAAAUACUUGAACAAGUAUAAAAAAGUGAGUAUAUUCGGCGUGAGACUGUAAUAAUAUAUCUUGGGAGUUUUUUUAAACUAUAUAAAAAUCACAAAUAUUAAAAGAUUGAUUUCGAAUCGAUGACCGUGCGAUCCGUGGCCGAAGCAAGACGUUUGGAGGAUAGGGAACAACGACGACGACGUUUCGACGAGGAAAAAUUGAAAAAAAUCGAGUCUGACAUAAAUGGUAAUUUUAUUAAUAUAAAUAAUUAUUGGUAUAUACUAUACAUAUAUUAAAUAGCGGAAAUGUGUUGACAGUGAGCCACCUAUUAGUAUUUUUUAAAUAAUUCAUUCAAUUUGAAUGGUAUUUAAAUGAAAUACUCGGAAUAUUAUUGAGUAUCUAAAUAUAAAUAGAUGGAUCUUAAAUUUGGCUUUAUUUUGUAAAUUACAACUUUUUUUAAAAAAAAUAUAUCAAACUUUCAUGUCGCGAACCCUUUGUGGCUUAUGCACGACAAAAAAACACUAUGAAACAUUAAAAUAAAUCAACAUCAAACAUACACAUUUUUUUUUAUUUCUUUAAACAUGAAAUAACUUAAUUUUUAAUAAAAGUUUAUAAAUUACAAGCAGUUUUCCAUAAAUAACAUUAGGAUACAUAUUUUUUGAUAAGAAAAAUAACAUAAGAUUUGAAAUUUAAUACUUAUUAAACUUAAUCUCGGUAUUUUGGACUAAUUAUUAUUUAAAAUUUAAGGUUAUAUAAAUAGUUAAUAAUUAAAUAACUAACAAACACAUUUUAACAGCUAAUAGGUACUAACAAUAGGUCUGUGAAUAAGUAAAAAUAAUUGUUAUCAUUUUCUCACUGUGACCUUUCUCCGUCUGUCCUAUUAUUUACAUAAACUCACUUUUGUCAAUCAUAAAUACAAAUGAGACAAUCACAUUCAUGUCAUAAUAUAAAAUGAAACUUGUUAUAUAUAAUACCUUACGUUAGUUUGAAAAUUGAAAAGUUCUCUGAAACAAAACGGGUUUUUUUUUGUUAGUAGCCCAAAAUCAAACAAAUAUGUGCUGAUAAAAAAUUAAUAACGAUUAGGAUUGAUGUAUACGUCUUAUUAGUUGUAUAUUAUAAGCUUAUUUUCAUUUACCUUCAUCCCAAAUGAUGGGAAAUCGGUCACCCUCGUCCUAAAUUUACACUUGACCAGAUACACCCACCUCGCAUACAUCGACUCGCAGCUUUCCUCAUUCUCAAUCGCAUCCAACUCGGGUUUACCCGAUUGCCAUCCCAAUUAGGUAGUCCUAUUUUAUCACAAAUAUAAGUAUCCUGAUUGCGUCCCAAGAUAGAUAGAUACAUCGGUUCACAAAAUAGCGUAUAAUCGUAUGGUAUAAAAUAAUGAAUUGAAUGAAAGCUUUCACAUGCAUUAGUUGUCAAUAUUUCAAGUAGAAAAUCAGAUCCGGUAUCAAUAUAAUUAUCUACUAAGUAGUUAAAAAAUGUUGGACUUUAGCUGUUGAAGGUUGAACAGAUGCUAACAUUUUUUUGCGCUACAUUUACCAACCAUUUCAGGUUCUAAAAACGGUAAUCCAAAUAUAUAUAUUAAAAACUUGCCUAUAUCGUUAUCUUUAUUUGCAUAGUCUAUGCUUAAUCUUAAAGAUAGUAUUUUUCACCACCACGACUAACUUAGAUGGAAUCAACAACCUUUUAUAGUAACCAAUAGCCAAAUAAAACGAAUUGUCUUAUGUAUAUUUCAAAAUUACAAAUAUUCUGACUUAAAAUUAAAAUAAUACUUAUCGCAUUGUUGUGUUAAUCCUUCAAAUGCUUUUUGAUAGCUUUAAAAUGUUUAUCUGGUAAUAAACAAAUACGCAAUUGGACAAUAAUGACUAUUAUUUAACUCAUGGGCCGUAAAUAAUAGACAAAAGUAUUUAGUACAGCAUCGAAAUGUUCCAUCAACAUAAAUUUAAAAAAAUUAAUAAUGUUAAAUUAAUGGUAAAUUACUGUCAUAAGAAAAUAGAAUAAUAUUAUUUAUAUUAACAUCGUUAAUUAGUAAAAAUUGUUCACCCUCAUUUGAUUUGAUAUCAAUGAAACUUAAAACGUCAUGUACUUUUUGUAUAUUUGUUGGUUUGGCUGGAAAAAUUUUUCUUUGGGUCUCAUAAAUACCGUUUCGAAAACAAUUCACAUCUGUUGUGGUAAUAUUCUCAAUUAAAAUAAAUGUUGGCAGCUUAUUAUUUUACCUAUAUGAAAAACUACCCAUAUGCCAUCACUGAUAUAAGUCUUUAAAUGUAAUGUAAUUCGAUAAUGAUUUUUUAAAAGAACGUAAUAACACUAUAAAAUUCAGAUAAAUUAGGAGCAUAAACUAGUAAAAGGGUGUAUUUAAAUACAGAAAAUUAAGUUGGUAGUGUCAACUAAAAUAUAUCCAGGCGUCCUUUUCAAAUAUAAUUAAAUCAACACUGAUUUGUUAAAAGGGCAUACGCAUAUCACAUUCAAUGCAUGUAUACUUUGUGUACAAGGUAUUAUAUGUACGAGUAAUUUUAUUAUUUUCCAUGAUGUUUAUCAUUGUUAAAAAAUGUUUUGCUGUUUUUUUUGCAAAAUAGUUUUUUAUGUUUCCUAAAAAAAAGUGAAAAUGAAUAGAUGCCUUUUUAAUAAAGCACCAGCGAAUUAUGUUUAAUAAUUAUUAUACGUAAUAUACCGAAUUAAAUUUAUUUGUCGUGAAUGAAUUUAGAAUUCGAACCCGAAAUGAUGAUCGCGGCCAAAACGUUGGAUAGUUGUCUGGAACUGUUAAUUCCUACGCCGGAGGAGUUUUCCAUACCGAGAGUGGAGGCAGACGAAGCGUUAUCCGGUUUUGAGGGAUUGCCGAUGACGGGACAGGAGAAAUUCGAUUCGGACGAGGACGACAGACGCAGGGAAACCGGAAUAAUAGAUCCCGUCGCACACUCGGUGACAGUCACCUUGAAACCUGGUACCUUUAAUACUAUGUGAAAAUAGAUACGUACAUAGAUAGAUAAGUACAGUUUUUUGAUACUUACGUACACCUAAAAAUAUUUAAAAUUUUUCUUAACUUCACCUAAUAUCGCAGUUCUCCUCUUCUUAUUGGCUAAUAUUAGCAGUGCUGAUAGAAUAGUGGAGAACUGCAACGAAGUCCAUGUGUGGAGAUGUAAUUACUUGAAUGAAAACGUGACACACUGUGAAUAAUUGUGAUCAUUACGUAUCUAUUUUAUCAAGUCAUUUGACUUGUCAAUGUCAAAUGUCUAAUAUUAUAAUAUUGUUUUCGUCUGGGAUGUUUUUUUAUUAAAUAAUGUUUCGUUUAUUUUUCUGCCCUUAGACUUCCGCAUGAGGGUGAAAAAAACUGAAGACAACUUAACCGUAAUCGAAAACGCAAACGAACAGGUGAAACUUAUAUCCAACAAGUAUUUGCCGAAAAUAAAAAAAUGGUUACAAGACAUAUCGAAGAUUUCGAGUAAUUAUAUAAAUUAUCAUAUACACCAAAUGUAGGUACCUUUUUUUAUCUUUUCUAUUAUUUUUGCCGAAGCGACUCAUUUCCAGUGAUGACGUAAUAUUUAGGGGCGAUCCUGUUGAUUUAUUACCCCACCUCUCCACCUAGGCUCUACCUAUCCAUAGAUACAAUAUAAUAUCUCGUUUUCCAUUACACAUGUCAUAUUUUUCGUACUUCAAAAAACGUGUACAAAUUGUAUACGCAAAAUAACUUCAAAUGGAUUUAUCACCCAACUGAAUUUAUUGAGUUCUACGUUUUGUGCUUUAAACUAUAAUUUUUCCAAGAAUUCUUGAAGAAGGAAUUUAAGUCAUCCAAUGCAACCUUAAUUUGGGUGACCACCCUAGUUUCGGAACCGCUGCCCUAGAAAGUUGUUUUCUCGGACUAAUCGUUCUAUAUAUACAUUUUGAUUUUGAGUAUCUACAACUUCGUUUGAGAAUUUAAUUGAACAUUUUCCCAGCAAAUAGAGGAGAAUUGUUGAAACGGACGAUCGAGCUCAAACGGCGUUUAACCGACCUGACUAACCGAGAAAAUAAGAUCACUUAUUACGAAGACGACGAUGAAUAUUCGAGUGAUUCGGAUAUGGAGGUCGUACCUCAGUCGUCCGCAGACGAUUUGUUGGUGUUGCAGUGUCUAUCCAAAUCCACCGAUCAUGAUGAUGUCAGUAAUAUUUCCUCUAUAGUCGUUCCUUUUAUUGACAAUAAGUUAUUAGUGUUAUUACUUAUUACCUAUAUCCAGAAUUGGGCAAGAUACUAAGAAAAGUAUUUUGAUAUUACAUGAUAUUUGUUUUAUGUAGGUACCUACAUAUUUUGAUACAGGAUACUUUCAAUUUUUAAAAGAUUAAAAGGUUUAAUAUGAAAUGUAAUAAUAAAUACAAGUAAACAUUUUUCACUAAACAUCAUUAAUCUAAAUAACAUCAAUUUAGAUGUUUAUUAAAUGUUAUUUAUACUGAUACAUUUUUACUUGUGCUUUUAAAAAACUAAUUAUUCAAAUAUUUUGCACACGAAAAACGUUUUUAGUUUUCAUUAUUUUAAUUAUGCCAUAAAAUAUUUAAGCAUCUUGUAUCUUACAACGCAAAAAUAUACUUAAUACCGUAAUAAAAAGUAUCUUAAUACUAGGUGUAUUACAUAAUAUAAUUAACUAAUUAUUUUUAGACUCAAAUAGGCGACAAUGGUGAUAGUAUCGGCGGUAGUUUUGAGAGAGCGAAAAACCCCACGGCUGACAAAGUUGCCGAAGUGCCAAAGUUACCAUUCGACAUCGAUCUUUAUCACUGGGAAGACGACCACCUAGCAGCACCUCGUAUUUUACCGUGAGUAGUAUUUUUUUUUUCUUUUUUUUUUCCCGAGUUAACUUGAAAUAGACGGCCGUCGUAAUUUUAUCAACACCUAUCAAUAAGAAAAAAUAACAUCUAUAAUAUCUAUAAGUUUCAGAAGAAAAUGUAUUAUCCUACUUGAUGUAAAUCAUAUUAUAAAGAAAUAAUUCUAUGCGUUACUUUAAAACAGAAGACGUUAUAAUUAUUAUUAUAAUCAGAUCGCGUUAAUGCUUAUAAUUAAUGUACACGUCUGUGCAAGAAACGAGUGGUUUUUAAUCACCCCGACCGUUUAGAUGAAGUUAAGAUAAAUGUACACAUAUUAUUUCACUGCUAUAUGUGCUAUUUAUAACACCUAUAUUAUGUACAUUAUCUGCAGUCACUGUUUAAGAUGUAUAGCUGUGUUUUGAAUGUUUUUUGCAUCAUUAAAUACACACACGUGCAACUUCAAGUCAUAUUGGUUUGAAGCAAGGUCGUUGAUUUUUAAUAUUAACAUAGUGUGUAUUUUUAUCCUCUUGUCUUUCUUCAAACAGUUUUUAGUAUUUAAUUGUUGAUUUUAUUUUAUUACAUUGUUUGCCAAUUAAACAACUAUGCCAUCCCUAAAAAUAGAUUUAUAAUUAUAAGUACCUACUUGAUAUUUUAUGCGUAAUAUAAAUUCAAAUAUUUUUCAUAAUUUUAUUAAGAUUUUACUUACCUACUUAUAUUAUAUUAUAUUUACAGUCCAUAUUCCUAAAAUAUUGUAAAACAUUAAAUACAUAAAUUAAUCAUUUUAUUUAUCAUUCAUAUUUAUUGGAGCUUAUUAAUAUAAUAUUGUAUUCAUUUGUGUCAAAUUAUUAAUCACAAUCACGCACUUAUACACUUGUUUUUCUAUGGAGAAUAAUAUUCUCAAGUUAUACCAUAACCUAUUAGUCCAUUAUUAAUUCAAUUAUUUAAAAAAAAAAAAAAAAAAAAAUGAACUUUUCAGUAGGUAAGUCAAUAUCCCCUUAAGAAUGUAUUAUUAAUAAUUGAACAAUAAAUGAUUUAUUAUAAAAUAAUAUAUAAACAUAAAAUUAUUUUACUUUUGUGGUAAACAUUGACCAGAAUUUAUUCUUGGAUAAUCAUUUUUGAUUAAUUAUACAACUCAUAUUUAACCCUUUUUGUAUAUAGGUACAUUUAUUUACAUAUAUAAUAUUAAACAACAGGUAAUAUGGUAAAACAUUUUUCCAGGACGAAUCAAGAUGGACAUAGCUUUUGGUCUUCAAAUUCUGUAAUGGACACUGACUGUGAUGGAAUCAUACUGCCAGGAGGUUCAGCAAAUUUACGUACACGAGUUAUUGAAUUCACUGGUAAAUUUGAAAAAAUUGAUAGACAGUGUAGAACUCCAUUGCCAAGUGGAAAAUUGUGUCCAAGAGAAGACCGUUUUAAGGUAAGUUAGACAAUUAUGCUUAUUUAAAUUACAAAUAAUACAUACAUGUAUAUUUUUAUAGUGUCCAUUUCAUGGACGUAUUGUACCAAGAGAUGAGCUUGGUAAAGUAAUUAAUCCUGAAGAUGAAAACAUUUUGGAGAAAGAAAAAAAACAAAGUAUACCAGAUUGGCAAGAUCCACAGCUACUUAGAGAUAUACAGGUAUAAUAUAUUUUGUGGUUUUGACUUAAAAAACAUUUUUAUUAAUAAAUAUUUUGUUUUUUGUAUAGCAUCAAACUGGAGUUGAUCUUACAAUACCCAAAAAAGGAAGCAGAAAGAAAAAUAAAAAACAAUCAAAUUUGACAGAUUUAAAAAAAGAAAUGGAUACUCCUCGUGCUCGACUAGAAAAAAAAGUGUUUAAAAAGUGAGCCUGAAUAUUACUAUUGAUACAUGGAUAAAUGGUAUACUUCCAAAAUGUCUUCAUACAUGAAUGUAGACAGCAGUAAUGAUAAUUAAAAUACUUUCUAUUUAUUUAAACGCCAACAUUUUUUUUACAGCCUACCAUUUUAAUGGUUCACUAUUUUUAUUUUAAACAAAAAGUUAGUUUAAAAUGUAUAAUUAUAAUUAAACUUAUUAUUAUAUCUCUUAUUUAAUACUAAUAAUGAUGUUAUUAAUGAUUUAGUUGUUAUGAAAAAUAGCAUUAUUUUAGUUGGGGACUCUCGAUAAAUAUUUAGUUAGUUAUUUAAUUUACAGAUAUUUAUAUGUUAUAUUAUAGUCUUCCAUUUUAAAAUUCAAUUAACAUCACAAUAUUUUGAUUGCCAUCAAUUGCAUUUACAAUUUCCGAAAAAACUAGCAAAAAUGCACAGCAAUGAUAUUGUAGAUAUUAAUUAAGAAAUAUUUGUAAAAUAACAUGCAUAUAAUUAAUAUUAAAUUAAAGCAAGAAAUUAUUACUUUUUAUAGGAAUUUCCUCUCAUAUUGGAAACCCAGCUGAAAUUGAAAUUAGAAAAACAGUAUCUCAAUUAAUAGCUACUCAAAAUAGAUACAUAUUAGAAACAAUAUUUAUUUUUUGAACUAGAUGUUAAUAUUUUAGACUAAAAGAUAGUAGAUUUUUUUGAAAAUAGAUGUAUUCAUAAAUAGAUAUACUUGCCAAUUACUUGUCCUGAAAUCAAUGUCACACAGUAUAAAUUGCAUUACUAUUAUUAUGUUUUACAGUGUGAAGUAUAAAAUUCAAAAAUAAAUGAUUAUCUGUUUAUGUUAAGUUUCCAUUAUAAAGCCUAUUUUAUAGUAAGGUGUUAAUACAUUUACAAUAAUGAUGUUGUAUAAUUAAAUAUUAAAAGGCAAAAAAUGGUCAAGCUCAAAAAAAGAUUGAUGUCAUACUUUUAAAAAAAAAACACAUCAUUAUAACUGGUCUAUAAAGAAAUUAUUUAUUGUUUGUCUACUUAAUUUACUGAUCACUAUCGAUUGUUAGUUUAUUACCUAUGAACACAUAAUGACAAUGAUUAAUAACACUCUUAUUUCCAAUCAACUUGAUAAACAAUAAAACCUUCUUUAUUUUAUAAGGCUGCGUCAUACUACAAUAGUAUAUCAAUUAAUAAUAAAUUCUAAGGUUACUAAUUUUGCAUAUUUAAUUUCUAUUUAAAAUCUACUUCUUAAUAAACUACUACAUAUACAAUGUCCAUUUUCUUUAAACAAAUAUUAUAAUUUGAUUAAAUUCAAAAUUUAUAUCACAGCCAUUUUAGAUGGGGAGUGUGAUGGAACACUAUGCGCUUGUGGCACAGUACGGCAUACUGUUAUAAGUGUGCCGUGUUUCAUAUAGUGUUCCAAUACUCUUCCUCUACCUAAACUAAAAUGUGGAUAUAACAUAAAUUUUGAAUCGCCCUGUAGAUUCUGAUUUGAAUUUCAAAAGUUAACCCCAUCAAAAAACAGUUUAAAAAAACAGACAUACUUCGCACUUGGGUGGGCCACUGUUAAAGUGAGAAGUUAGGAAGGUAGAGGAGAAAUUUAAUGUAUAUAUGUAUGCAACAAUUAACCAUUGUUAACGAAAAACGACUCUGAGUUUGCUUGUUGUUUUGUUAACAAUAUAUGUAUUACAUUAUGAUAAAAUAAUUAUGUAUUCUCUAUAAUAAUUAUAUAUGCAUUAUAUGUUUUUUUUAAUAAUAUUUUUUAAUAUUGUAUCUAUUUUCCCGGUUUUCACUAGGUUUUUCCUAUUUAUUGAGAAAAAUCAAAAAAUUACCUCCCUAAAAUACCAUCAUAGUCAGAUAUCUUUUCAGAAAAAGUGCUAUCAUUGUAAAUCAGAUCAAAAUUUCUGGUAGAAAAGUUGUUCACAGGAGAAAAAAAUAAACAGCUUUGUAUAAGCAGUACAUUUUUCUCUAUUUUGAAUAUUUACAUGAUAAAAUGGCAGUAACAUAAAUUUUGAAUCAUCCUGUACAUAUUAUAUGAUUAUAGUAAAAUACACUGUUGUCAUUCAUCAAAAGAUAAAAUAAUGGAUAAUAAUAUUUUUGGAGACCUGCACAUUAGCUCUUUGGUUUUAUACAAUAGUUAAUCUCAGUUUAGUUUCACUAGUUAGAGCUAACUUUGGGUAUAUCAGAGUAUUUUAUUACCAACAAAUUAAAAUAUAACCACAUAAGUAUUUAACUUAUAAAUAUAAAAUUAUUAUUGUCAAACUAUUUAACAUUACUCAUUAUCUGAGAAUAAAAUGUUUGUUUUCAUGUGAUUAUUUAAUUUGAAACUAGGGACAAAAGUUCUAAACAAUUAAUAUUUUGACCAUACAAUUUUUUCAUAUAUUGUAGUAAAGUGUAAUUUUUUACACUUGUAAAAGUGUUGUAAAAUAAUUUAGACUUUGUUUUCAGGUCAUCUGUGAAGAAAGUGGCUAAAAUUUUAGAUGGUAUGGACCAACGCAAAUUUCGAGAUAAAUUUGGUGAUCAAUUCAAUUACAUUCAUGAUACAGCUUAA